GCUUUAUUACAAAGUGACACUUCCGUACGCUUCCGGGUCGAAGGGCUCAGUACACGUGAGAACUGAAGAAACCCGGUUUUGACUGAGACCAGACUACAACAGGUUUAUCUGCAGUUGACAGGAUGGACGGUAAAGUUAAGGAACAGAAGCGUCAUCAGCAGAAGCACAGCGGACCGAAGGCAGAGAGGAAGAAGCUCAAGAAGCAGGGAGGAUCCACAGAAGAGGAUGCACGCAAACGCAAUCCCAAAGCCUUUUCCGUUCAGUCGGCUGUACGCAUGGCCAAGACUUUCCACAGGUCCCAGGACAUAAAGACCAAAAAACAUCAUAUCCCCCUUGUAGACCGGACUCCCAUUGAUCCCCCUCCAGUUGUUAUCGUAGUAGUCGGACCCCCCAAGGUGGGAAAAAGCACCCUGAUCCGCUGCCUCAUCAAAAACUUCACCCGACAGAAGCUCGGGGACAUUUGUGGACCUGUAACCAUCGUCUCUGGAAAGAAGCGUCGCCUCACUUUCAUGGAGUGUAACAAUGACAUUAAUACAAUGAUCGACCUCGCAAAAGUAGCUGAUCUGGUUUUGAUGUUGAUUGAUGCCAGCUUUGGCUUUGAGAUGGAGACUUUUGAGUUUCUCAACAUCUGUCAGGUGCAUGGCUUCCCUCGCAUCAUGGGUGUGCUGACUCACCUGGAUUCAUUCAAGAACAACAAGACGCAGAGGAAGACAAAGAAAAACCUCAAACAUCGUUUCUGGACUGAGGUCUAUCAGGGGGCCAAGCUGUUCUAUCUGUCUGGUAUGGUGUACGGUGAAUAUCAGACUCAGGAAGUGAAGAACCUCGGCCGCUUCAUCUCAGUCAUGAAGUUCCGUCCUCUGGUGUGGCAGACCUCCCACCCGUAUGUGUUGGCUGACCGUAUGGAGGACUUGACUGACCCCGAGAGGGUGAGGACAGACCCCAAGUGUGACCGGACCGUGUCGCUCUACGGCUACCUGCGAGGGACAUAUUUGAAAAACAAAGGCCAGGUCCAUAUCCCAGGUGUCGGAGACUUUCAGGUGGCAGACGUGAACUUCCUGCCGGACCCUUGUGCCCUGCCAGGUGCUCAGAAGAAGAGAGCGCUGAAUGAGAAAGAGCGUCUGCUCUAUGCACCCAUGGCUGGCGUCGGGGGGGUUGUGUACGACAAAGAUGCGGUGUAUAUCGACCUUCCUGCUAGCCACGUCAAUCAACAACAGGAGGAGGUGCGGCCCACCACAGAGCUGGUCCAGUCUCUCAUCGACACACAUGCCACCCUGGAUGCUAAGAUGGCUGCCAGUAAGGUGUCUCUGUUCAGCGGCUCUGCCACGUUGGAGUCCACAGACAUCGACGAGCAGAGCGGAGAGGAGAAGGAGGGUCCUCAAGAACAGUGUGUCUGGGACCCUAACACCCAGAGAAAGAGAAGAAAGGUGGUCUUUACUGAGGAGGAUGAGGAGGAUGAUGAUGAUGAUGAUGAUGAUGAUGAUGAUGAUGAUGAUGAUGAGGAGGAGGAGGAGGAGGACGACAUCAGUGGCUCCAGUGAUGAUGAAGACGGUGACCAGGAAGAGGAUGAAGACAAGGACAACCUGUCCACAUUUCUCAAAGAGGCAAGAGCCAAAUCUGACGAGACAGAAAAGAAGAUACCAGACGCUCCACCAGUGAAGAAGCCCAAACUAGAGGAGAGGAAGGAAGAGGGCGCUGAGGUGCCGGCAUUUGCUGACAGUGAAGACGACCUGGAAAUGAGUGAGGAAGAGAGUGAACAGGAGGUGGAGGCUGCGAGAGCGGGAGACUCUGGACACUGUUCGGAAGAGGACGAGGAAGAGAGUGAUGAUGAAAAUGACGAAGAAGAGUCUGAAGAUGAAUCGAUGGAAGAGGAUGAUACACCUGACGCUACAAUGAAGAAACAAACAGCGAGCGAGAGUGAGGAGGAUGAGGAGGAAGAAGAGCAGGGGGGUCUGCGGUGGAAGGAGGGUCUGCAGCAGAAAGCAUCAGAAGCGUUUCUACGGCAACAAAAAGCAGCCCCCAAUCUGAGGAAACUGGUCUAUGGUUCAGUUGCAGAGGCAGGUGAUUCUGAAGAUGAGGAUGAGGAGCUGGGGGGGCUGUUUCGAGUCAGCCGCCCUCAGAAGAGCAAAAAGUUCCGAGCAGAUGCUGCCGACUGCUCCCGCUUCAACCCUGACACCUCCCACAACUGGGACCUGGAGGAGAUGCUAAACUCCAUCAGGGACUGCUUUGUUACAGGGAAGUGGGAGGAGGGCCAAGAUGCUGCCACAUUGCUGAAGGAAGACGCGGAGAUGUAUGGUGAUUUUGAGGAUUUGGAAUCCGGAGAAGUCCACAAGGGCCCGACUGGGCAGCAGGAUCCGGCUGAGCAGAAAGGUGAUGAUGAUGAUGAUGAUGAUGAUGAUGAUGAUGAUGAUGAUGAUGAUAAAGAAGAAAGUCUAGUGAAGGUGGAUGAUGAUGAGGUCCAGAAGAACAAGCGUCUGGAGAAGAAACAAAGGCUGAAGGAUCGAUUCAAUGCAGAGUAUGAUGAUGAAGAUGCCACUUACUUUGAUGACCUGAAGGAGGAGAUGCAGAAGCAGGCUGAGCUGAACAGGGCAGAGUUUGAGCAUGUGGAUGAUGAGACCAGAGUGCAGUACGAAGGCUUCCGACCAGGAAUGUACGUCAGACUAGAAAUCUCCUCCCUCCCCUGCGAGUUUGUCACCAACUUUGAUCCCCAUUAUCCCAUCAUCCUUGGAGGUCUGGGCUCCACCGAGGGCAACGUAGGAUACCUGCAGAUGCGGCUGAAGAAACACCGCUGGUAUAACCGCAUCCUGAAGACACGGGACCCCCUCAUCCUGUCAUUAGGCUGGAGGCGCUUCCAGACCAUCCCCCUCUACCACAUCGAGGAUCACAACGGACGCCACCGCCUGCUCAAAUACACCCCGCAGCACAUGCACUGUGGAGCCUCCAUCUGGGGUCCCGUCACACCACAGGGCACAGGCUUCCUGGCUGUGCAGUCAGUCACAGGAACUAAAGCUAAUUUCCGUAUUGCAGCCACAGGAGUCAUCCUGGACCUGGAUAAGUCUGCGACUAUAUUGAAGAAGCUCAAACUCAUUGGUUACCCCUACAAGAUCUUUAAGAACACCAGCUUCGUUAAGGGCAUGUUCAACACAGUGCUGGAGGUAGCUAAGUUUGAAGGUGCUUCUGUACGAACAGUAUCAGGGGUCAGAGGUCAGAUCAAGAAGGCACUGUCUACACCAGCUGGAGCUUACAGAGCCACGUUUGAGGACCGCCUGCUUAUGAGUGAUGUCGUGUUCCUGCGCUCCUGGUAUCCAGUGUCUGUUCCUCAGCUCUACAACCCCAUCACCUCUCUGCUGCUGCCCGUCGGUCAGAAGGACAGCUGGGCCGGCAUGAGGACCCUGGGGCAGCUCAAAUAUGACCUGUGCAUCCGCAACAAACCCAACACAGACUCUCUGUAUAAGCCGGUGGUCCGAGCACCGAGGCACUUCAACCGCCUCCACAUCCCCAAGGAGCUCCAGAAGGCCCUGCCCUUCAAGAGCAAACCCAAACAGCAGCAACCUAAAGGAAAGACACCCAGAGAUCUCCAGAGGCCCAGUGUGAUUAGAGAGCCCCAUGAGAAGAAGGUGGCUGCCCUGCUCCACGCUUUGAGCACAGUCCACAACUACAAGAGGAAGAAGGCCCACAAGGUGCAGCACGCCAAACACAAGGACUUCCUGCAGGAGAAGGAGAAACAGGAGGAGGCCAAGCUAAAGAGACAGAAGGAGACACGUAAAAAACUAUACCGCACCAUGGGCCAGGCGGACCAGAAGAAGCAAAGGUCCAGCCUGAAGGGGGCGGCCCAGGACGACUAACUCACUGAAUCUGGACUCUGAGGAGAACCUCUGCAGACUGUGACUGAGAUGCUUGCUCUGCUCUUUGGACUGUUGGCAUGCGUUUCAUAACUUUUGGCAGAAUAAUUUUUUAUUGUAUUUUGUUUUUUAAAUGUAUUGAUAUUGAAAAUCAGCUGUAAAAGAAAAGUUUGGAACUUGUUUGAAUUAAACACGCUCUCUAUGGAAA